AAAAUCAAGCAUAGAAUAGAAAACACUCAAACAGCAUCUGAGCAAAGCAGAUUUUGAUACUACGAAGAAGGAAAAAUGGCAAAUAAUAACAAAGAACAAGAAUACUGCGUUGCCUCUGAUCUCAUCGACUUCUUAAACGCUUCUCCAACAGCUUUUCAUGCCGUCGAGGAGGCAAAGAGGAGAUUGAAGAAUGCAGGAUACGAGCAGGUUUCAGAGAGACACGAUUGGAAAUUGGAAGCUGGAAAGCGUUAUUUCUUCACCAGGAAUCACUCUACCAUCCUUGCUUUCGCUAUUGGUAAAAAAUAUGUAGCAGGCAAUGGAUUUUAUAUAGUUGGUGCUCACACUGAUAGUCCUUGUCUCAAGUUGAAGCCUGUUUCCAAGGUAACGAAAGGUGGGUUUUUGGAGGUUGGAGUUCAAACAUAUGGAGGUGGUUUGUGGCAUACAUGGUUCGACCGUGACUUGACAGUGGCAGGGAGGGUGAUUGUAAAAGAAGAAAAGGAUGGUUUGGUUUCCUACUCACAUCGGCUAGUUAGAAUUGAGGAACCCAUUAUGCGUGUCCCUACAAUUGCAAUUCACUUAGAGAGGACUGUUAAUACUGAUGGAUUUAAGGUGAACACACAGAGUCAACUUCUUCCUGUCUUGGCAACAUCAAUUAAGGCAGAGCUCAAUAAAGCCGCCGCUGAAAAUGGUCCAGUUAAGAGUGAAGAAGUUCAAGCUGAUGGGAAGAAAUCUGAUAAAGGAACGAUUUCCUCAAAGCACCACUCACUUGUACUAGAGAUGAUUGCAAAUCAGAUUGGGUGCAAAGUAGAUGAUAUAUGUGACUUUGAAUUACAAGCAUGCGAUACUCAACCAAGUCUAAUAGCUGGAGCUGCAAAGGAAUUUAUUUUCUCUGGAAGGCUCGAUAACCUCUGCAGCUCAUUCUGCUCUCUGAAGGCACUGAUAGAUGCAACAUCUUCUGAAAGCGACCUUGAGGAUGAGAGUGGUGUUAGGAUGGUGGCAUUGUUUGACCAUGAAGAGAUAGGAUCUGAUUCAGCACAAGGAGCCGGGUCUCCUGUCAUGUUAGAUGCUCUGUCACGAAUCACAAGUUCUUUCAACUCAGAUUCCAAGCUGCUUCCAAAGGCAAUCCAGAAGAGUUUCCUUGUAUCUGCUGACAUGGCUCAUGCCCUCCAUCCUAAUUAUAUGGACAAGCAUGAAGAAAAUCAUCAGCCCAAGUUGCAUGGUGGGCUUGUAAUCAAACACAACGCGAAUCAGCGCUACGCAACAAAUGCAAUCACUAGCUUUUUAUUUAGGGAGAUAGCAACGAAGCAUGACCUUCCCACCCAGGAUUUUGUGGUCCGAAAUGACAUGGGCUGUGGUUCAACUAUCGGUCCAAUCCUAGCUAGUGGUGUUGGGAUUCGUACUGUUGACGUUGGUGCUCCACAACUAUCGAUGCACAGUAUAAGAGAAAUGUGUUCUGUUGAUGAUGUCAAGUAUUCCUAUGAGCAUUUCAAGGCAUUUUUCCAGGAUAUCUCUCAUCUGGAUGCUAAGAUUACAGUUGAUAUGUAGGGCGCUGCACCUCAUCCAUGCAGCACGUCACCGACUUCAAGACCCAUGAAAUGAAACAACUGCUCAGUAUCCUUUGUGCCCUAAUGCUAAUGUCGACUUGUUGUAAAUGAUACAUUGUUGGAUCGAAUUGCGUUUCUUAAGGGGUGUCGUGUUUUCAAUUA